CAUCAUCAUCAUCAUCAUCAUCAUCAUCAUCAUCAUCAUCAUCAUCAUCGUGUCCUGUCUGCCUCCUGCUCCCCCGCUGUCAUCGUCAUCAUCAUCAUCAUCAUCAUCAUUACCAUCAGCCACUGCCAUUAUAGUCAUCAUCAUUAGGCUUGGUAAUCAUCCAGCAGGCAGAGUUUCUAGCAGAGCAGGGACAGACGAGCUCAAUAAAAGGCUGUAUCAGACUCCCACCCUGCUCACAGUCUCUCUCUGCCUGGCUGGGAGAAGGAGGUUUAUAUCCCAUUCCUCACUGCUGCUGGGUUUAGUUCAGAGAGAGAGAGAGAUAUAAGGCCAGAAAGAAGGAGAGAGACUGAGGGAGAAGAAAAACACUAAGGAGGCCUAGCCACGACUAGGUCAGAGAAGGCUGCUUCUUCACAGACCGAGAUAAAGGGAGACGGAGAGCGAAGGAUUUAGAGAGGGAGAGAACAGAGGCCUAGCCAAACUGUCUGUUCUUUCUUCUUGUUUUUGGGGGGAAGGCCUACUGCAACAGAGGCAUCUUAUUUAUCUUUCACCCCUUACUAUUUGGAUAAAUACUGCAAACAGCAUAGCGGUAAUACAAGCUGCCAACACUACUCUGUAGCGGCUGAGAUCGGCUUCUCUGUUUACCCUCUGGGGGAUGAGGAAGAGAGUUGUGCCUUCAGCCGUCUCAGUAUGGAGAGUGACGCAGAUGAGCCCCACACCGCCACCGAGAGCUGCAGGGACCAGGAGGAUUGUCCAACCUCCCAGCCCGACCUUGAGCCCCCCUUCCCCCCCUACCUGUCCUGCCGGGGCUGUGGUCUGGACCUGGUGGGACCCUACUGCCAUCGCUGCUGCAAGGGAGAAGGAGGAGGAGGAGGAGGAGGAGGGGGAGGGGGUGGGUUCAGCGGCGCGUUCGGUGGCUUUCGCUCCGGUUCGCGGUCACAAGCGGACGACAGCGAGGAAGGAGGGGACGUAACGGACGACAACUCCAUAAUGGGCGACGACGGUCCCAACUCGAAGCUCCACUCCUGCCAGUUGUGUGGGUUCUCCUCACGCUAUGCCAAUCACGUCAAGAGGCACAUGAAGACUCACAACGGGGAGAAGCCGUACCGCUGUCCCCUGUGUACCUACGCCUCGGCCCAGCUGGUCAACCUGCAGAGACACCUGAGGAUUCACACUGGGGAGAAACCAUACAGGUGUGACUGCUGCUCCUUCGCCUGCAGUUCCCUAGGCAACCUGAAGAGGCAUCAGAGGAUGCAUGUGGCUGGACAGCCGGGACAGGGGGCGGGACAGGAAGCGGAGAGACCUGCCUGCGGAUCUCCUAUUGAUCCCUCUACUGUUGAUCCUCCUGCUAAUUUCCCUCCUGCUGUUGGUCCUCCUGAUAGUGGGCAUGGUCUUAAGAGGAAGGAGGAGCCCAGUGCUUCAGCUGAAGAAGUGGUGAGGUCUGAUCUAAACCUCCACAACAGAGACUACCUGCCACGCUACAGCAGACUAAGCUUACAACCACCACUGGAGAAACAGCCCCUUCUUGAGGGGCCUGGACUUGGGGCUGGGACUUUAGGAAGGUGUUUGACUGGGUCUAGGUCUGGAGUCAGACCUGUGGUGGGAGUGAAGUCAGAGAAGACACACAGAGACUCUCUCCUUCCUCUGCUCUUCCCCUUUACCUGUCGUCUCUGUGGUACCCCCCUGGAGGACGAGGACGGUUCCACUGCACAGAUCUGUGCCAAAUGCACCCUGGACAUGCUGACCAAGGAGUCAUCUGGCCCCAACAGCCCCGGAGAGCGCGGGGAUAAGGUCUACACCUGCAGUGCCUGUCCCUUCCUCACCCACUACCCCAACCACCUGGCGCGACACAUGAAGACGCACAGCGGAGAGAAGCCGUACAAGUGCCCUCAGUGCGACUACGCCUCCGCCCACUUCGACAACCUGAAACGCCACCACCGCGUGCACACGGGCGAGAAGCCGUACAAGUGCCACCUGUGUGACUACGCCUGUGGGAACCUGGCUAACCUGAAACGUCACCAGCGAGUCCACUCGGGCGCCAAGCCGUUCCAGUGCGCAGUGUGUAGCUACAGCUGUAACCAGAGUAUGAAUCUGAAGAGACACAUGCUGAGACACACGGGAGAGAAGCCUUAUAAGUGCCAGCAGUGUGGCUACACCACGGGACACUGGGACAACUACAAACGACACCAGAAGAAACAUGGCCUCGCCACCGACGGAUGGGUCAAAGUUCAGAUGUCCGGCGGGGGUGAGGAAGAGGGGGGUGAGGAAGAGGAUGAGGAAGACAGGGUGGCGGGACAGCCGCAGAGGAAAGAGGAAGAGGCGGUGAUGCAGUAUAUGUCCAGAUAGGAGAGGAACAGAGCUGUACCACAGAACAUGGGAAAUGACAGCUUAAAUUACCAGCAAAAUCCGAGAGUUUUUUUUGUUUGUUUUCUUUGUCAAUGAUUUGUCUGCAGCUGCUAUGUAGAAUCAUGAACAUGGUGAUUAUUAGUGGAAACGUUUGAUGCCUUUUGGACAGAGAGUAAAGGAGGGUGAAAGAAGGUUGCUGCCCUGUUGCCAGAUGAAUGGACUGGGAUGAGGGUUCUACUUUAACGUCCGCAACUAAAUGCUG